AUGGGAUGGAGAGCAACUUCCAGAGAAGACCUCGAAGCUACUCCUGCACAACUAACUUACGGAACUAACAUCAGGUUGCCAGGUGAAUUUUUCGUGGAAAACAAAUCCAGGAUUGACCAGACAACUUUUGUUGGUAAACUACAACACCUUAUGCACAAGCUCAGACCAGUUCCGGCAUCAUCGCACAACCGUGAAAAUGUUUUUAUUCAUAAAGAUCUACCCAAUUCAUCUCAUGUCUUUGUUCGGCACGACGGAGUUCGCCGUAGCCUACAAUCGCCAUAUCAAGGCCCCUACAAAGUUUUGUCGAAGUCAGACAAACUUUUUAAGUUGCUUAUGAAUGGAAAAUCAUCUUUUAUCAAUGUAGAUCGACUGAAGCCAGCAUUCCUCGCAUCGGAACACGAGCCACCGACAGCAGUUGGUAAGAAGCAAGAACCAGUAAUAACAACCACUAGGUUUGGCAGAAAGGUUCGCUUUCGAAUUGAUCCAAAAAAUCUACGUUGA